AUGGCGCUAUCCCUGGCCGGGGAGUCUGUCCCCGGAGACGGAGGAGACACGCUCGGGAGGAGCCCCGCCAGCCUGGCUGCCUACUACCCUUCUUUCCUCCCGGCUGCCCAGUACUUCGAGGCGGCCCCCGACUUCUUUCAGCCCUUGAAAUCCCUGGGCGGGCUGCUCCCCGCCUCCCCACCUCUGCCCCCCUUUAGCUUCAGCAGAGUCCCCGCUUUCCUGAGCCAGCCGCCCCCCCUGCCCGCCGAGCCCUUCCCCGGCUUCCCCUUGCCCCUCUACGCGAAGCCGCUGGACCCCUUGGCCGCCGGCAGCCCCGGGGUUGGCGGGGCGACGGGGCAGAGCUACAGGUACAACUUCACCGAGGAGGAGCUGAACGCGGUGCUGUACGGGGCGCUCCGGAGCAGCCAGCCAGCCGGGAGCCUGCACGCCAUCUCGGGGCUCCGGGUGCCCCCCACCAGCCCGGGUAAGGGAGGGGAUGAUUUGGGUUGCGGCGGGUGUCGGGGAAGGCAAGACCCUCCCGCGGCUCUGCACCUGCACGGCCGUGGCCGGGUUGUAGAAGAGUUCCUCUUCUGCAGGUGCUGCGGACUCCUCCUCCGCCCCGCUGCUCGACAAGGACUCACUGCAGCUACCCGAAGGUAAGGGCCCUAAGCUGUCGGGCACCCACCGCUCCCGGCCGCGGCCCAGCCGCGCUCAGCCCGCCCUGUCCCUGCAGGGCUGUCGGUGCUGCGGGUGGCGUACGGGGACGUGUCUCAGCUCGGAGUGUUCUGCACGGACCCCAUCCCCAAAGGAGUCCGCUUCGGCCCUUUCCAAGGCAAAGUGGUCAACACCAGCGAGAUCAAGACUUACGACGACAACUCGCUGAUGUGGGAGAUCUUUGAAUACGGUCGCCUGAGCCACUUCAUAGACGGGAAAGGCGCCUCUGGCAACUGGAUGUCGCUGGUGAACUGCGCCAGGUUCCCCGAGGAGCAGAAUUUGACUGCUAUCCAGUGCCAGGGGCAAAUAUUCUACGAGAGCUGCAAGGAAAUCUUGCCGAAGCAGGAGUUGCUGGUGUGGUACGGCGACUGCUACGUGCAAUUCCUGGGCAUCCCCAUCAGCCUGAAGGGCAUGCCGGAGGGGAAGAGACCCCCGCAGAACCCCGAAGAAGCCGGGGAGAGUUUUAAAUGCGAGCGCUGCGGCAAGGUUUUUGCCUACAAGUACUACCGGGACAAGCACCUCAAGUACACUCGCUGCGUGGACCAGGGCGAUCGCAAAUUUCCUUGUCACCUUUGUAACCGAUCCUUUGAAAAAAGAGACAGGCUGAGGAUCCACAUUCUCCACGUUCACGAAAAGCACAGACCUCACAAGUGCUCUGUGUGUGGGAAGAGCUUUUCCCAGUCUUCCAGCCUGAACAAACACAUGAGGGUUCACUCUGGGGAGCGCCCCUACAAAUGUGUCUACUGCAACAAGGCAUUCACAGCAUCCAGCAUCCUGCGCACUCACAUCCGCCAGCACUCAGGGGAGAAGCCCUUCAAGUGCAAACACUGCGGCAAAGCCUUCGCCUCCCACGCAGCCCACGACAGCCACGUGCGCCGCACGCACAGCAAGGAGAAGGGCUGCACGUGCUCGGUGUGCGGCCAGCACUUCCCAGAGCAGGAGGAUUACCACUUCCACAUGAAGACUCACUCUGCUCAUUAG